AUUCCUCACCGCACGAACACCAUCCCCCACCUCCCCCCUCCUCGAUCUUCAACAACCGCCGAGACCUGUCCACCACCACCGCCACACGCCGCGAAUGGAGCUCCUCGGCCUGGUGCCCGCGGAGGCCAUAGCGCUCCGCCUCUACUCCCUCCCCGCAGCAGCCGCGGCCGCCGGCUCGCUCUACGCCUGGCUCGUCGCCGCACUCGCCGCCGCCAUCGGCCUCUGGCGCAUCCGCGCCGUCAGCGUUUCCAACAUCAACAAGCGUGACGCAGGCGUCAGCGCCCUCGUCGACGAUAACCAGGAGCCACUGGUGCCUCUUCUGCCGUCUCGGGGGGCUGCCAUUACUGACGAGCCGCCCGCCGCCGAGCCGUCUUCCGUGAGCGAGCCGAGCACGCCGUCCAAGGUUCGGUUCACUGCGUACUACGGUGGCUCGGGAGACGAAGACGGAGUGGUCGACGGCGUCAGGAAAUGCGCGGAUGACGACGACGUCGACGACGGUGCGCGCGGCCGAGACUGCGCGGUGGAGGUGGUUCUCAGAAGGACCGUGUCAGAGCCGGGGACAAGAAGAGCGGCGGCCCUGGCCACGGGGCCGUGGGAAGGGAGGGAGAUGGCGGUGAGGCGGAGGAGUGACCUGGGUUGGUACCGCCACAUCGACAUGGCCGCGCUCGACGGCAGCGUCGUGAGGCUGUGGGACGGCGACCUGACGGCGUCGCCGAGGGGGCGGAUGAGGAGGUCAGGAUUGGAAUUGCAAUUGCCAUUAUAGGAGGUACUAGUGUGGUUAAUAUAUUUAUGCGGGUACAAACAAUGGGAUACUAUUAGGAGGAUACGACGAUUUUGUCCUUGAGAUCGUCAUGAGCUACAGCCGGGGCGAAGUGCCUUUGUGUAAUAAUAAUGUACUCUAGUGCAAGGACACAAAUGCGAUCUGAACGUGUCUCUGUGCUCUACUGCUAUCUUCCUCGCCAGUGCCGGUCCUGACAUUAGAGAGGCCCAGGACAAGACUUAUAAAGGAGACCCUUUAUAAUAAUAAUUAUUACACGUAAAUAUAGUGUGUAUAUAUUGUCAA